UUUAAUUUUUUACUUAUUAUAUUUUAAUUUUAAAAUGCAUCAACGAGCGAAAUUAACAUGUCCGGAUAUUUGCCCCACAUCGAACAAACACGAGCAAACUCAGCAACGUAAAGAGGAGCGGAAAGGCAGCUAUGGUAACCCAGACGCUUCUCCCUAUGUGCCCGGGAGGAUAAAGCCUCCCGAACUCAGGGUACACGACCCUGAUGCUCCACCCAAAUAUCUGCCUCAGAGCAUCGACACCGUCAGCGGAGAUAUCCUUAGAAUGGGACCCAUAGGACCCUGGGCUGCUGGCCAUCUAGACUGGUCGCCUCACGCUGGUACUACUGGUGUUAGACCAGUCGUAGACAAAUACUCUAUAACAAGAUAUUCCACUGGUGAAUGGAGGAAGAACAACGCCAAAAAAUUGACUCCAACUGUCCUAGACAAGGCAACACUUUUAGAAAAACGUACGAAAGAGGAUACGGAGAAAACGUUUCGUGGCAUAGACGAUAAAUUGGAUGAGUCGAACAAAAUGAUAGACAAAAGAGUAAAAGAUUUAUCUCAUUGGAAAAACGAAGUAAGAAAGGCAGUAGAUGCGAUUGCUAAUGAAAUAGAAAUAUUAGAACAGUAUAGAGUGCGUCUCAAAGGUGCUAGCAGAAUUUUGAUGAUUCCAGAAUCUAUAUCCAGGGAAUGUCUGGAACUACGAACACACCGACAUGAACCCGACCAAGUGAGAGAUGAUGCUGAACAAGAAUUAAUAACAGAAGUAUCAAUCGUAGGUGAAAUUCGAAGAAUAUUUCAGAAUACUCUAAAUAAAGUGGAAACUCAAAUGAUGAAACUUAAAGCUGCAAAAGCAUCUGUAGAAAUGGAUUGGAGCGAUAAGAAGAUAAGUUUGAAAAUCGAUAAACUUAACUCUAAGCUGACUCCAGACUCUACUUUAGUCCUAUAUCAUCCGGGAGUAGCGAGAUGGCCGGAGAAUGCCACCUCGCUCGAAUACUGGAAACAUUUUUGCUCGGAGAGUAUUAGAAACUGUGACGAAGCUAGGAUAGAAUCCAAGGAGCUAAGAAACGAUUUAAUGACAGCUAUCGUAAAAGGAAGCCAGGAUCUAAAGAAGCAGGCUGACAGAACGAAUGCAGCUCUCGCAGACACUAUAGAAACAACGGAGGCGUUGUGUGAAAAGCUCGAGGAAUGUCUUAAAGAGAAUUUGCAAAAGAUAGCAGAUAUUGAAAAUUUAAUCGAUAAUAUAAAAGAAUCGUUGCGAGAGGUGGAUAGAAGGAACAAGUGCGUGAUGACGAGACUACACGCUAGGAACUACGAGCGCCCGAACGUUGAGAACUGUAGGGACGAAGCGCAGCACGCGUUGAUGUCAGAGGUAAAGUUCAUCAAGGAAUCGAAUGCCAACUUACUCGAGAGACUUCGGGAUGCGGAAUUCGUAAGACUGGAGCUGAUUAAAAGGAGAGGAGACUUGGAGAAGGAUAUAGCCUGCAAAAGGAAGAGUUUGAAUAUUGACAGAGAUAGAUGCGGCAGGAUCAGGGCUCACAUACCUUCGCCGGAGGAGUUUGAAGCUGCUACUUAACUUUUUUACGACUUUGGUUUAAUUUUAUUGCCGUUGUAUUCGAAAUUAAAAGUUGCUUUGUAAGACA